AGACUUGAAAGCUUUUUUCGAUUGAUCGAAAUCAUGAGUGUGGCUUCGCGUUCUUCCUUUGGCCUUGGCUGCCACCUAUCCCGUUUCGCCUGUCGCUCCACUCGAGGUUUCGGAGGUUUUCCGAUGUUGACCACCAGUCGUUCGGUUUCUUACCUGGGAGAGUUGCCUGAAGAACACCGAAUGUUGCAGAAAACUUGUCGAGAUUUUGCGGAAGGAGAGCUGAAGCCGAUCGCGGCAGAGCUGGAUAAAUUGCACAAAUUCCCUGCCGAACAGGUGAAGAAGAUGGGUGAAAUGGGUUUGUUCUCAAUAGAAGUGCCUGCGGAGAAAGGUGGAACGGGGUUGGAUGCACUUGCCUAUGCGAUUGCCAUGGAAGAGAUCAGCAGAGGUUGUGCGUCUGCCGGUGUGGUGAUGUCUGCGCACAAUUCCUUGUAUCUCGCCCCGAUAUGCAAGUUCGGCUCAGAGGAACAAUGGGAGAGGUACGGACUUCCAUUUCUGGAUGCAAACAAAAUCGGGUGUUUCGCACUGUCAGAACCUGGCAAUGGUAGCGACGCCGGAGCCGCAUCAACGGUUGCCUCAUCUGUUGCAUCCGGCUUGUCUAUUGGCAAAAAGGAAGACAAACUGGGCAUCCGUGCAUCGAGCACUGCGACGUUGACAUUUGAAGACGCCGCUGUACCCUCUGCCAACUUACUCGGAGAACCCGGCAUGGGUUUCAAAAUCGCCAUGACCACGCUGGACGGAGGCAGAAUUGGUGUCGCUGGACAAGCCCUGGGCAUUGGUCAAGCUUCAAUCGACUGUGCUGUUGACUACGCAUCGAAACGCGAGGCUUUCGGUUCGCCGAUCAUGAAAAUGCAGGCUAUUCAGAGCAAGUUGGCUGACAUGGAGUUGCGAGUGCACUCUGCCCGAUUGCUCACUUAUCAGGCUGCCAUGUUGAAGACGCAGAAUAAGCCCUUCACGAAAGAAGCUGCGAUGGCAAAACUGGCUGCUUCAGAGGCUGCGACCUUCGCUGCUCAUCAAGCCAUUCAAAUACUCGGUGGCAUGGGUUACGUUACGGAUAUGCCAGCAGAGCGACACUACCGAGAUGCGAGGAUCACUGAAAUUUACGAAGGAACUUCGGAAAUUCAACCUCUCCCUUUGCUGAACAGCAGUCGUUCGGUUUCCUUCCUCGGAGAAUUGCCGGAAGAACACCGAAUGUUGCAAAAGACUUGUCGGGAUUUCGCAGAAGGAGAAUUGAAACCUAUCGCUGCGGAAUUGGAUAAGCUCCACAAGUUUCCUGCUGAACAGGUCAAGAAGAUGGGGCAGAUGGGCUUGUUCAGUGUUGAAAUACCGAGUGAGAAAGGUGGUGCAGGGCUGGAUACCUUGGCCUACGCAAUUGCUGUAGAGGAGAUCAGUCGAGGAUGCGCAUCAACGGGCGUUAUCAUGUCGGUGAACAAUUCUUUAUAUUUGGGACCCUUGUACAAAUUCUGCACUGACGAACAAUGGGAGCGUUACGGACUGCCGUUUCUGAAUGGUGAUAAAAUCGGGUGCUUCGCGCUGUCAGAACCUGGCAAUGGCAGCGACGCCGGAGCCGCAUCAACGGUUGCCUCAUCUGUUGCAUCCGGUUACAAGUUGAACGGAUCCAAGGCGUGGAUCACGAAUAGUUGGGAAGCCAGUGCCGGAGUCGUGUUCGCUACGACUGACAAGUCGAAGAAGCACAAGGGCAUCUCGGCGUUCUUGUUUGACAUGCCGACUCCUGGUUUAUCUCUUGGCAAGAAAGAAGACAAGUUGGGAAUCCGUGCUUCAAGCACAGCCACAUUGACUUUCGAAGAUGCCGUCGUUCCUGCGACGAAUUUACUGGGAGAGCCCGGCAUGGGAUUUAAGAUUGCGAUGUCAACGCUGGACGGUGGCAGGAUUGGAAUCGCGGCACAAGCUCUGGGAAUUGGCCAGGCUGCUAUCGACUGUGCCGUGGACUACGCGUCGAAACGCGAGGCUUUUGGCUCGCCGAUAAUGAAAAUGCAGGCCAUUCAGAGCAAGUUGGCGGACAUGGAGUUGCGAGUACAUUCGGCGCGAUUGCUGACUUACGAAGCCGCAGUAUUGAAGACGAAGAAGAAACCAUUUAUCAAAGAAGCAGCGAUGGCAAAACUGGCAGCUUCAGAAGCUGCGACGUUCGCUGCUCAUCAAGCCAUUCAAAUACUCGGUGGCAUGGGUUACGUGACAGAUAUGCCAGCAGAGCGACACUACAGGGAUGCAAGGAUAACGGAGAUUUACGAGGGAACUUCGGAAAUUCAGCGUCUUGUCAUUGCUAACAACCUGCUCAAGGAACAUGGCGUUUUAUAACGUUUCUUAUCUCUGGGAAUGAAACAGUUGACGUUUGCAGUACAGAAAUACUUGAUAAUGGGGGAAAGGUGUGCCUUAAAGGCAUUUUUAUUUCUUUUUCUAAGGGUCUGUUGCGGGUGUCUUCAUAUGGUCAGGUGAAGAAUUCCGGAAACUUUUUCUCGUGCUUUGGGUCCGUGUUAUUUUGGUUUUUAUCCGAUCUCCCUUUUCCCGUCUUGGUAUUCUUGUGAUAUGUCACAUGUCUGGAUAGGGUUUCAAAAAAGAACGGCGCUUUUUGGGUGAAGAACUUCGAAUACCCGUGGUCACUUUAAUGCAUGGUUCGCGUCACCGUGCAAUGUUGUGUUCAGCAUUUUCAAAUGAAUACUGUAUUGUGAUUUCUCUGAUUGAUUCCGCAUGAAGAGACGUCUUUGAUUAAAACGACGUUUCGCGUUAUUCGUUUUUUUAAUGAGGGAAAUUACAUUUCCGUGGCAAUUUCACUCGUUUUGGGUCUGCUGCGUUUUGUUCGACUGAAUAAUGCGCAAGUAAAAAAAAUGAAUAAAUAAGUCUGGCUUAUUGCUUUGUUGAAAUUGCAGCAGUUGGGGUUCUGUGCGAUUUUGAUCUUCUGCUCAGCGGACUGGUGCUUUAUUUCUGUAAUUUCAAGUUGAUGUAGGUGUAUUUCUUGUGUUUUCGUGUGUCGUUGUUCUUUAAAUCCGUUCGCCAUCAUGGAUGAUAAAAGAUAAUCGUAAAAAGGGAUAUUUUUUGCUUGUUUACCGUUUCGGCUUAGUCUGUCGUGAUCUCUUCUGCGGCUGUUACCUCUAACGUGGAGGGAAACAUUUGAGCGUGUUUUCGAACAGGCGCAUGCUAAAACAGCGCAUGUCCCCCAAAAAGUCCAGUAAUUUUCCAUUCAUCAUGUACCUUCUCAGCGUGAAGAUGUCUUGUCCAGAAAAACAUUUUAGUAGACCUCAUGUGAUCUACCGUACUUGGAAGAAAGAAAAUAAAACUGCAUCAUUGACAAUUGGAAAGGGUCAAGUUACGGGUUUGUGCGCGAUAAUGUUGGGCAUAUUGAAAUGUCUGAUCAUGGGAA